UACCUCAGCUGAACCAUAUCAAUCAUGGCUGCUUAAUUAGAUCCGCUCUUGCUUGAUUAACUGCUUUUGUAACAGCACAAAAACGCGUUUUUUGAGGCUGUGUUUUCAUUAUAGACGGCUUUUAUUAAACGUGUGUGUCGUUAUGAAUUAUUCAGACGUUAUUGCUGCCAGAUUCUUGACUUUUGACCAAAUGUACAGCUAUGACAAGCGUUUGCAGACGUUUGCAGACUGGCCUUUUCGUGAGGACUGUCAGUGCACACCUGAGCAGAUGGCCAAGGCAGGUUUUGUGCACUGCCCUAGUGAGAAUGAACCUGAUGUGGCCUGCUGUUUCUACUGCCUCAAAGAGCUGGAAGGCUGGGAGCCAGAAGAUAUUCCCUGGUUUGAGCACGCUAAACGGUCUCCAGACUGUGGAUUCCUACAGAUGAAAUCCCCUGACGAGCUCACUGCUGUUGACUUUUUCCGUCUUGAACACGGGAGGAUGGUCAAUUACUUGAGGAAAAUGGCACACAUGAAGAUCGCUUACUUCCGUGACCAAGUGGAAGUCACCAGCAGAAAUUUGAGACUACUUUUUGAGAUCUUGUAGUUUGUUUUUUUUAAUUCUUAUUUGUAAUCAUUUGCCUAUUAAUAAAUAUUGUCUUUUCAAGUCCAUGUUUAAUUUGGCUCAAAAAUAUAACCAUUUGCUGUCUCAGCAGGCCACAGGGAGGCAGUGUCAUGCAGGGUUCUUCACUUGACCUGUGCAAUGUGAGGAGGGGGGGACUGAAUCCUAACAGUAUUUGCGUUGCCUUCCCACAAAUCCUGACCAAAUCCUGCAGGUGCCUAACAGAACUGAAUAAAUGAAACGUUUACCACAUUUUUAGCCGUUUAGCUCAACUGGCCACACUUUUUUUUUUUUUUUUUUUUUUUUUUUU